CCAAAAGGCUAUUGGAGAGAUGUAGGACUAAGGAUUAGUAAACCACCCCUUACUGUCCGUCGUCUCGCGGCAAUCCUUGUUUAAACCCGACGUUAGGAAUCCAACAUCUAUUAUCAAUAGUCUCACAUCGUACGAGUCGUAUGGCUGCGCCUUGGUACCAUACCAAAUACGAAAUUGUUGCUGUUGGUUGCUCAGCAUAAACGACAAUAUAGGCCAGUAAGGUGUCAUAGGAAUAAGCCACCGGAUCCAACUUUAUGCGAUGGCUUUGAGGUAUUAAACAUAACACAUUAGCGGUUGAAGGAUUUGAUAACAAUAAAUCAAGCCUAUCCCAGCGAACAUUGCCAACUAUCACAAAUUCUUCUCUCCCGCCAAACCUCUUUUCCUCUUGUCGGCUUUAUCAUUGCAGUGACGCAGUAUUAGUGCUGGAGUUACAUACCUCACUUCUCAAAACCGAAAUGUCGUACAAAAUACGGGAGGCUACUCAUUCGGACAUCCCAUCUCUCAUUGAAGUCUAUUUCGAUGCAUUCGGGGACCACCCCGUAACUCGACGAGUAUUCAAUUCAAAUCCAGAGCAUGUGCGAAAAUUUUGGCUAGACCCGCUGGCUUCUGGCCUGCAAAAGCCAACCGAGCAUUUCCUGGUUUUGACUGACCCAAAUUCUGCGACGCCGGAAAGGAUCAUCGCAUUUGGAAUAUGGCGCGAGUUCUUCACGACAGAAUCCUCCCCUCCACCACCGGCAGCCUAUAGCUGGCCCAAAGAUGCUGACCUGGCCUGUGCCGAAGAAUUCUUCGGGACCGUAGGAGAAAUGCACAAGAAGAUCAUGGAGAGCCGUCCGCAUUGGUAUCUAGAUAUUCUAGGCGUUCGAGGGGAUUCUCGGGGGAAAGGUGCGGGUAAGCAGUUGCUGAGAUGGGGUAUAGCUAGAGCCGACGACGCAGGUCUCGAAGCUUUCCUUGCAGCCAGUCCAGCUGGAGCCCCCCUUUAUGCAAAACAUGGGUUUGACCUAAUGGAUACGGUUCCUCUCGACAAUGGAAAUCGUCUUGAAAGUUUUAUGAUGAGGCCGGCGAAGAAGGUACAAGUCGAGCCUCAACCAUCGACAUGAUAGGUAUUAGGCUGACGGCUACUAUGCGGGACUGUAAGCGUGCUAUAAUAAGGCUUGAUACUAUUAAACCUCUUCUACUAUUAUACAUGUUCGUAUACUAGCUCAAUCCAGCCAUCAUCUUUGUUUAGACUUGUUUGAAGACAGUGUGUUAAUACCGGGACUGAUUUGAAUAAUAAUAAAAUUGCUUUAUUAAGAGUUAAA